UAUAAUCGUCCUUUCUACACCGACCCAUACCGCGACAGUCCCUUGAAGACACAACCACUAUGCUGCACUCAACAACUUUUGGGUUUUACUUCAGGAUCUAUCUUAGCAUAGCAUUCUUCGCCACCGGUGCAGUAGCUGAUAGCUAUUUCUUUAAUUUCACAGGCGGGCUGGGUCCUGAUGUUGCUGCUAUCUCGACGGCGUGCAAUGACGCUUUGGUGGCUGCAAUCGAUUGCGAUCUGUUUUUGACAUUUGCUAUGUCUGACAGUUACUAUGGACCCCUCAAUAAUCAGACACUGCAGGAUGGACUUUGCAAGGCCUCAUGUGGCACCGCCUUGAUUGCGUACACUAGCAAAGUCACAACUGCUUGCAAGAACGACCCUCAGCCUUUUCCAGGACUUCCGGCCACCUAUUGGGGCGAGCAAUCGAAAGCCGUAUAUGACUUGCUUUGCCUGAAAGAUGCAGCUACGGGGAAAUACUGCACAGAUUAUUUUGCGACACUCACCGGCACUCCUACGAAAGACCAGACCUGCUCGGACUGUGUGGUGAAGUACUUUAAGCAGAUAUCAAGUACAUCUUACUCGAGCUAUUCUCCUGGGCUGGCCAGUGAAUGGGCUUCUAUCCAGAAAACAUGUGGGCUAUCAUUUCCAACCUCAAUUCCAGCACUGAAGACGAAUGUGACCGAUUCUUAUGGCUAUGCUGGACCAAAUACAGGUACCAAGGCAGCAUGUCUUUCUGGAAACACUUACACAGUCGUUAGUGGAGAUGGGUGUCAGGGAAUCGCAGAAAAAAAGGGCGUUGCUACAGGAACUUUGAUCGCGCUGAAUAACAUUCUACCGGAUUGCACAAACCUCCAACUCGGUGCGAGCAUUUGCUUGCCACAGACCUGUUCGAUCUACAAGGUCCAGAGCGGAGACACUUGUGACGCGAUAGCUCUUGCACAGAAUACCUCCUUCCAGCAACUCGUCGCUUGGAACCCCACGAUCAAUUCGUAUUGCACGAACCUCAUCGCAGGAUCCAACAUCUGCGCCUCCCCACCUGGAGGGCCUGUUUCAGUGUCUACUAUCCCAGGUGCUACAGUCACACAGACUGGUAUCUAUGCAACUGCCACAAUUACUCCGCCGGGUGCUGUCGGCGCCGGCACCACCAGAAAGUGCGGGAAAUAUUACAAAGUCAUGCCUAACGAUUACUGCCAACUUUUGGCCCUGAAUCAAACAGUGGACCUUAGUCUCUUCUUGGCCAUCAAUCCUUCAAUCAAUUCUGGGUGUACGAAUCUGCUAGUAGGUACGUACUACUGUGUACGGCCUACGCAAGACUGGAACGCAACAACGACUUCAACCACAGUUGCUCCACCUGGACCGACUCCACCAGGGACGACGCCUAAUUGCUACGAAUACUACGUCAUCCAAUCCGGAGACACGUGCUCCGUAGUCCAAAGCCGAUUCAGCAUCACAUUCAGCCAGUUGAGCAAGUGGAACCCAGACCUGAAGUCUGACUGUUCCAAUCUACAACUUGGCGCAGCGUAUUGCAUCAACGCGGCCGCCGCAAGCCCUACAACAACUACAAGUGCCACCCAAACGCUUGCUACACCUAGCGCCCCUACGACCUCUGGAACAACAAGCCAAUGCCUGAAAUACUAUACAAUAGCCAGUGGCGAUUACUGUGCCAAAGUACAAGAUCAGUUCCAGAUCACUUUCAAGCAGCUACAAUUCUGGAACCCCAACAUUCUAGCAGACUGUUCUAACUUGCAACUUGGGGCUGCGUAUUGCGUGCAAGGCGUAGUGCAGCCGUCUGCCAAAGUUAAGAGAGAUAUUGUGGAGGAGGUCGAUUUCGCUGCGUAUGGCUAUGCGAUUGGGUGGCCGGGAGUCAACGCUUGGAGGUACAGUGGUGGUACAAUGUAGGGACUUGAAUAUGAAGAUGGACUUGUAGACUAAAUUGAAUUCAAAAUGCAG